CUGUACAUGUGCAUGGUCAUGAUUGUUAAUCUAAAUUUAUAUAUAUUAACUCUUAUUUUGAGAAUAAAAACAUGAAAUUUCUAUUUUAAUAUAUUUUCAAUGUUUUAAUUCUAUUUUUAUUUUUCCUCUAAAAUGAAAACCUCAUUUGGGAAAAUAAAGGAUAGAUACUCCGUAUUAGUUUUUCAACUUUUUCAAUCCUUACAAUGAAAAUGAAGCAACGGCUACUUUUCCCUUCAGCCGCCAUGGCCGCGCCCUCUGUGAUACUGCUGCUCCUGCUUAUCGCCUCCGUCGUAAUGCCGGCGGUUUCUCCGUCUCCGGCGGACUCGGAGCUCCGGGCAUUACUUUCUCUCAAAGCGAGCCUGGAAGAUCCGCUUGGCGCAUUGGAUGGCUGGAACUCUACCACGCCGUCGGCUCCCUGUGACUGGCGCGGCGUCAGCUGUGAAACCGGCCGUGUCAGUGAAAUUCGGCUGCCGCGGAUUCAGCUCGCCGGUCGGCUCACGGAACAGCUCGACGGCCUGCGCCGGCUGCGCAAGCUGAGCCUCCAUUCUAACAACAUAAAAGGCCCAAUUCCACGCGCUCUGUUCCGGUGCUCCCUCCUCCGGGCUGUUUAUCUUCACAGCAACUCCUUCUCCGGCGACCUCCCGCCCGCCAUUGCAAAUCUCACCAACCUCCAGAUUCUCAACGUGGCCCGCAACUUCAUCUCCGGUCGAAUUCCCGGCGCGCUCCCCCCGAGCCUGCGCUUCCUAGAUCUCUCCUCCAAUUCAUUCUCCGGCGAUAUCCCGGCCAACAUCUCCGCCGCAUCCGCAAUCGAGCUCCUGAACCUUUCGUUCAACAAACUUACAGGCGAAAUUCCGGCGACAAUUGGAACGCUCCAGAACCUCCGGUACCUCUGGCUAGAUUCCAACGAGCUCUACGGAACAUUACCGUCGGCGAUCUCAAACUGCUCCUCCCUCAGACACCUCACCGCCGACGGCAACAGCCUCCGCGGCCUUUUGCCUCCGACGAUCGGCUCACUCCCAAAUCUGCAGGUCAUGUCGCUUUCCCGCAACCAGCUCACUGGUGUGGUCCCUUCAUCUCUCCCCUGCAAAACCUCUGUCAACCAUAAUAACCCUCCCUCAAUCAGAAUCAUCAAUUUAGGGUUUAAUGCGCUCACGGGCUUCGACGACCCGGAAAAUCAAUUGUGCUCCAGUGUUCUCGAAGUCUUCGUCCUUCACGGGAAUCACAUAAAUGGCGUUUUCCCCGUCUGGUUAUCAAGCAUUUACUCGAUGAAGCUUCUGGAUAUCUCCGGGAACUCGAUUUCCGGAACAUUACCGGAAAACCUGGGAAACCUAACACUGCUGAAGGAACUCAAUGUCGCGAACAAUUCACUCACAGGUGAAAUUCCAGCGAGCAUCGAGAAAUGCGAAGGAUUACAGAGGCUCGAUUUGACCGGGAACUCGUUUUCCGGCUCCAUUCCGGAGUUCUUAGGGAGAUUGCAGAGCUUGACGUUCUUAUCUCUCGCCGGAAACGCUUUCAAUUCUUCGAUUCCGGCGGAUCUAGGCACUCUCAACUCGCUUGUGUAUCUGGAUCUGAGCGGAAACGGUCUGAGCGGAGAUUUUCCUCAUCAACUGCUGCCGCUAGCCAAUUUAACCGCUCUGAAUCUGAGCGGCAACAAGCUGUUAUCCGGCGAGAUUCCGGCCGGCAUUGGGAACCUGAGUGGUUUGGAGGUUUUGAAUGGGAGCAAUUGCGGCUUCUCAGGCGAAAUCCCGGCCAGCAUCGGAAGGCUGUUGAGGCUGAGAGUUGUCGAUCUGAGCAAGCAAAGCUUCUCGGGAGCCCUGCCCGUCGAUCUCUUCGGGCUGCCCAAUCUGCAAAUUGUUGCUUUACAAGAGAACCAAUUCAAUGGGGAAGUUCCAGAAGGGUUUAGCAGCUUGUCCAGUCUAGAGUACCUGAAUCUCUCCUUCAAUGGCUUCUCCGGCCAGAUUCCUCCCACAUUCGGGUUUCUGAGAUUCUUGAAAGUUCUUUCCCUGUCUCACAACACCAAGAUCAAUGGCUCAAUCCCACUUGAAUUGGGCAACUGUUCCUCCCUCGUCGCCCUGGAGCUUCAAGACAAUCAUUUGAAAGGGAGAAUCCCGAGUGAGCUCUCGCAUUUGUCCCGUUUGGAGGUUCUCGAUCUCUCUUCAAACAGUUUGAGCGGAGGGAUUCCUUCGAAUCUCUCCGCUCUUGCUCGUCACCUGAGGUUCUUGAAUGUUUCCCACAACCAUCUCGUGGGCGAGAUCCCCCACGCACUCUCCGAUGAUCCUCGAGCGUUUGCUGGCGGGAAUGACGGUUUAUGUGGAAAGCCAUUGGUGAAGGAGUGUGAGAAUGGUGGCAAGAUCAAGUGGUGGAAGCGAUGGAGGAAGAAGAAGAUGGUUUUGGCCAUUGUUUCCGUAGUUUUUGGAACGGGAAUGGUUCUCUUUGUUCUGUUUUGUUGUUGUUGUUGCUAUGUUUACGGCACGAGGUGGCGUGGAGAAGGCGGUGGUGGGAUGGGGGAGAAGAAGCGGAGCCCCGGGAGGGUAAGCUCGGGAGGAGAAAAUGGGAGGAGGAGUAGCGAAAAUGGCGGGGGAGGGCCUAAGCUUGUGAUGUUCAAUAACAAGAUCACAUAUGGUGAGACUUUAGAGGCAACAAGGCAAUUUGAUGAGGAGAAUGUGUUGAGCCGGGGGAAGUAUGGGGUUGAGUUCAAGGCGAAUUACGGGGACGGAACCGUCCUUUCCAUCCGUCGCCUUCCCGACGCCUCUUUCACUGCUAUCGAUGACAACACGUUCCGCAAAGAAGCCGAGUCGCUAGGGAAAGUCAAACACCGCAACCUCACCGUCCUCCGUGGGUACUACACCGGACCCAACAUCAGGCUUCUCGUCUACGACUACAUGCCCAACGGGAACCUCGCGACGCUCCUACAAGAAGCGUCGCACCAGGACGGACACGUACUCAACUGGCCCAUGAGACACCUGAUCGCCCUCGGAAUCGCCCGAGGCCUGGCGUACCUCCACUCCGUGUCGAUCAUCCACGGGGACGUGAAACCGCAGAACGUGAUGUUCGAUGCGGAUUUUGAAGCCCACCUGACCGACUUCGGGCUCGACGGUCUCUUCAGGAAGACGUCCACUCCCGAGUCCACGUUAGGGACUUCGGUCGGGACUCUGGGUUACACGGCGCCGGAAAUGGCCCUGACCGAAGCCCCAACAAAGGAGUGUGACGUGUAUAGCUUCGGGAUCGUGUUGCUGGAGAUACUCACGGGGAGGAAACCGGUGAUGUUCAACGGCGGAGAUGGGGAGGAGGAGGCGGAGGACAUUGUGAAGUGGGUGAAGAGGCAGCUGAAGGGAGGGCUGGUGUCGGAGUUAUUAGAGCCGGGUUUAUUGGAACUGGACCCGGAAUCUUCGGAAUGGGAGGAGUUUUUGCUGGGCGUUAAAUUCGGGCUGCUUUGCACCACCGCCGACCCGCUGGACAGACCUUCCAUGACUGACGUCGUGUUCAUGCUCGAAGGCUGUCGGGUAGGCGGCGGACCGGACAUCAUCCCUUCCUCCGCCGCUCUCCCCUCUUCCAUUUGACCUUUUCCGAUGUAAUAAUGAAUCUUUCUGAGAGUGCAAGAAUGUCUGCCGCAAAGCUUCUUGUUUUGUUCAUGGUAUUCUUUAAACGCCCGCCGCAAUUAUUCAAUUGUGAUGAAAUUAAUGACUCAAUUUUGUUUGGUGUUUUUGGCUAGCGCUAGCAUUUUGGAUAAAAUUUUGAUGGUGUGGACUAAUUCUGAAAAUGCUAACGCUAAAGGUUGCCGU